CUGGCCCCGGGCGGCCAGGGGCAGGGCCCCCGCCCCCGCCAUGGAGAGCGGGAUGCCGCUGUCGGGCGGGCAGCGAGCGCUGAUCCGAGAGAGCUGGCAGCGGGUGAGCGGCAGCCCCGUGCAGCACGGCCUCGUCCUCUUCACCAGGCUGUUUGACUUGGAUCCUGACCUGCUGCCCCUUUUCCAGUACAACUGCAAGCAGUUUGCCAGCCCUCAGGAGUGCCUCUCUGCUCCUGAGUUCCUGGAUCACAUCAGGAAGGUGAUGCUAGUGAUUGAUGUUGCUGUGAGCCACCUGGAGAACUUAUCCUGCCUGGAAGAGUAUCUCUGCAACCUUGGCAAGAAGCACCAGGCAGUUGGUGUGAAGGUGGAGUCUUUCUCGACUGUUGGCGAGUCCUUGCUGUACAUGCUGGAGAAAUGCCUUGGUGCUGCCUUCAGCCCAGAGGUGCAGGAAGCUUGGAGCAAACUCUACAAUGCUGUGGUGAAAGCCAUGCAACGUGGCUGGGAGACCCUCCCAGAAGGGGACUAGAUCAUGCCAGCCAUCCCUAUCCCUGACCAUGCAGCAGUCCUGAGCACAGGGAGUCUCACGCCACACUCACUGCCUCUCCUCACCUCUGUCAUUCUGUGUGCACCAGCCCAUGGCUGCCUCUGCCACUCACAUGUGCUGCAGGGCUCUCAUGUGGUUUCAUCCUGCUUCACCACGAGUGUGUCUCUGCCUUUGCUAAGGGCUGGUGGGGCAUGUCCCUGCAGCAAAGCCUGGCAGUGCCACAGCACAGGUAUGCCACCCUGCCCCAAGUUCCUUCAGGAACACCAACACCCAGGUACCUGCUCUGGGUUUUAGCUUGCUCAUCUUCCCUCCUCUUGCUACCCACCCUAGGUAAGUGACAGCUGGCAUAGGCCUCUUGGGCUUAUUUGCCCAAAAUCCCAUUUGCUGUGCUUUACCUGCCAGGUCUGACACUGUUCAGUCCUCCUGUCUACUGUGCUGCUGUACCUGGUUCAGCUGUGGCAGCGACAGAUUUGGCUCCAUCUAGGUCAAAAGGCAGCAAGAGAUCAAGGCUGGUCACACUGGGUGGCUGUCCUCAAACCUUGCAGAGUGUUUUUUCCCCUCUCCCUUCAUCAAUAUAUCACUACCCAGAUGGUUAAUCCUGGUGCUUUUUUUCUUCCUUGCCUCUGACCUGGAUGGGAUCCUUGGCUUUUCCCUGUGUCAGGUUGGCCACAACCCAGUAGGUUUCCUAGGGAUGGUUCAGGCAAUGGUGUCACAUUAAUCCCAAGGUGAGACUACUUUUGGCAGGAUUGGGCUGCCAGCUGAAAGGCUUUGUGUUGAUUUGGCCAGCUGGUUAGAGCCAUCUGACCUUAGAACCAUCUGAAAUGCAGCAAACAGCAGCAGUAGCAAUGUCUGUUUACUGCUUUGUGUUUAGAAAAAUAAAAUAAAUCCAGGGAAAAAAUGUCUUAAUAAUGAAGGUUGCAAUCAUGUCAUAGCAACAGCUUCCAGAAAUUCUGGCUCUUGGCCAGAGGAAGCAGAGCUGGAAUCUUUCUGCUGAUGCUGUCAGAAUCUGGAGCGCUUCCCAGCUGCUCACAGUGCCCAUCUGCAGAGUUCCUCACUCACAGGAAUGAGGAGACAGCAUCUGCUAGAAGAAAACCCAGAAAAUUGCUGAGAGGCAGCACCUGAGGGCUCUGUGAAGAGCCUGAACUUGAGCACUUUGAGGAAGGAUUCAUCUUUACGGGGAAGUCACUGUGGAACAAACAGAACAAUGUUUCUUGCCACUGUUAGCCCCAGAGAAGGACAUGGAGCAACUUUUCAGUUACAGGCAGCUUUUUUUUUUUUUGCUUCUUCUUCAGGACAGGAGUAGCCUAGUGUUGAGGUCUGAGAUGGUCCUGUUCUGACAACACAUUCCUCCUAUUCUCAGAUAUCCUCCACUCUGGGGCAGGAGAAGGCUGCCUGCUCAAUGUAACUGAGGUCUCCUAGACCCCUGCCAUGGAGGGGAUGAUGGGGCACCCUGUAAGAUGGAUUUCUAGUGCCCUGCCACCAGGCCUGAUGGUAGCCAUGGGCUACCACCAAAAAGCCCCCCAGCUGUGUUUGGGAGGGAAGCUAACAGGGGCUGUGAAGCAGGCAGUGAACAUCCCCAGGUUCUUUGUCCUCCCCAUGAUACCACAUCAUGUUCUGCCUUUGCAGCCCUGCAGUGUGGUGGUGUCCAUCCUGGCCCAUGGCUCUCUCUAUCAGCUGGGUCAGGUGAAGUCCUCCCCAUUCUUGCACCCAGUAGUGAGGGACGGAGGAGCUGGGGUGAAAUACUUGCUUUGAUGGCAUGGUAUGGGGCACAAGGGUUUGGGAAUGUCCUUUUUUGCAACCCUGUAAUGAGGCAUCAGCCUUCAGCAUGAUGGGACACCUCCUGGCUCCAUGUGACAGUAGGCAGCUGUGUGAUGGGUGGGGUGUGGGUGUUACUACCAAAACCAUCCCUGCUCCCUCUAGCUCUCCCAGCUCCUUGACUUCUGCUCUUCUGUGCCACAUUUUAUGUAACUCCCAAGAGAACUAGUCUGUGUGCCUCUUAUACCCAGCUGUACUGUUUAUUAAAAAAUAAUGUCUUCACCUU